AUGGAUGGGAGAGCGAGUGACAUCCUAUUUCGGGCGUUCUGGGUUGAGUCGGGUCUAGAAUGUACCACCGGUCCUGUGAGAUCCCGAUCCAUAAUUGUCGAAGAGCAAGGAAAGAUGAGAUCGAGAGGUGACCAUGUGGAACGCGUUAGUGUUAGCGGGUUAAACGAGAUUUUGGCGUUAGACAAGUUUAGAAAAAAGGAGAAUGGAAUCAAGCAAAAGGAGACACGUAAGAAAGCAAGAGAGUUGACAAAUGCCAAGCAAGACCUGGGGCCCAUCGAGGACGAAAUUGAGGAAUUGGAAGCGAAAGAGGAUCCGACGGGCGUGGAUAAGAAUCGCCUUUCUCACUUGAGGCACGAGCUGAAACGAAUCACUAAACUCAAGGAGGAUUACCUCAAGGAUCACCCCGAACAUCGCGCUCUGGUUUAUGCCAGCACCCGCAAGCGACAACAACAGGCCGAGGGAGGCCCAGCGGGUCCUGACAGAAAAUUGUUUGGAAAAGAUGGAAUGCCCUUGCGUCCAGAACGGAGCAUCUAUUAUGACCCUGUCAUGAAUCCAUAUGGUAUCCCACCACCUGGGAUGCCAUAUAGAGAAAGACGUGAGUACGGGCACAUCUAUAUCUCGACGAUAUUAAAAGGUUCUCUAGCACCAACCCCAGAUCCGCUUCAAGCGGCAGAAGACGAUGAAGGUUCAGAUGAUCCAGAUUCUGGUCUAGAGGAUGUAUUGCUACCGCCAGGUCCACCACCUGGAGGUGCCGAUUCUGAUUCUGACGAUCAAGCCCCAAGGCUGCCUCCAGACUUUGUCCCCCCUCUACCUCUAG